CCCGCCCCCUCCUCCUGGAAGCGGGCGGUUAAUGAAGGCGCGAGCCCGAAAUGGAGAAGAGGAGCUCCCUGUUUAACCGACAAAACCCUUUUGGAGAAUCACUCUCCGUUCGCAGUCACUACCACCCAUCCUCGCCCCGAAGGCCGCUCCAACCUCGAGGAGGAAAGGUACCGCUGGCGGGAAAAUGCCAGCCCCUCGAACCCGGGCUGAGACCAGCGGCCUCUCGCAAUUCACCGGCACCCGCUGAGCGUCUGACUGCGCAGGGAGAGCUGUCAGAGCCUGGAUCGGACAGCCCCACGGAGGAGUCCUGGCCGUCAACCGAGAUCAGCUCCGUGCUGGCUCCCGAGGGAACGUUGGGCGGACAGGAUCGAGCAGGGUCGACAGGAGAAUCGCUGCAAUCCCGCGGGAUGGAUCGUGCAGACACAGACUGGUCAGAAAGUCCAAAGGAUGCACCCACGGAGAGUUCAGUCAUAGCCAAGUAUAUCCAGCGAUUCCGACACGGCAGUCCACUGAGCCGAGAGGACCGAGAGCGUGCUGCCAGUGAACACGGCACAGAGAGCGCUGAGUUCUGGUGGCUCAUGAACUCUCCUCCGAGCAGCUCCACACCGACACACGACACCAAGCAAUUCAGCCAAGAGCCACCGAUGUUUAAAAUGGAUCCGGGGAGCCCACCGAAUCCCGACAAGCGCGGGAAGAAAAAGAGAAGGAGAAACGAUUACUGCGGCGCCACUAAAACAGAAAAAAAAGGAAAUUAA